UGGGCGCUCGGACGCGGCAGCAGCUAGGCUGAAGUGCGUGACAGCUUUCGCAACCUGGAUCCGCCCCACGAUCCUCGAUACAUACAUCAAUGCGACCUCCCGAGCCAUGCUCGCGCCCAUGAAGUCCUCAUUUUGCAGAAUCGAUUCCUGACCGCUACGCUCGACCGAGAUUGCCGGCUCCUCCGAUCCCGCCUAUACCACAGCGGGCUUAGCUAUACAUCCAGCCGGUCGCAAUGUGGUUCCUAGAACACGAAAGCCUCUUUGGAGGAAAGCGCAUUUGGCUACGGCCGGGGUCGCAGCAGCUGUUCGGCCGUACAAAGCAUAGCGACGAGGACCAGACGGAAGGGAAGAAGGUCUUCAUCGACAACAAGCUGGUGUCGCGCAAGCACAUGAUGAUAAAGGUGCUUGAAGUACCACCGGAGAAUGGCACAAAGCUUCAUGCACGAUCUUGUCUUGAGAUUACCGACCUCAGUUGCCGCCAGGGAACCAUCGUUGAUGGCGGGCAGCCUCUGAAGAGCACGAAGGAAGCGGACGGCACGAUCACAUAUGACAAGACAACUCUCGCGGGGACCGAACACACCAUCAAGUUGUCGAACAGCUACCCACCAUUCAAGGUUAGAUGGCAGGAUGUCGUCUUCACGUAUGCGUCGAAAGAGAAGAGGGAGAGCGAGAAAUCCAAAGCCCGCAACGCCGAGCUCCAUGCCAUCGAUAUCAAGACGACGACGGAAUUUGUGUAUGACAAGACAACCCAUGUGGUCUCACAAAAGCGGAACCUCCCAAAGGUCCUGCAGGGGCUGGUAUCGGGGACGCCAAUUGUCACUACCGAGUACCUCGACGCCAUCCUCAAUGCCGCAAAGCACUCAUCCAGUGAAGAAGGCAACUACGUGCCGUCGAAACUAGAGGAGGACUUUGAUACCUGGUGGCCCAAAGAGAAGGAGUAUAUCCCUCCGGUGGGUGCGGAACCUGUGCCGCGACCUGACCAAAUGCUGGAGCCGGAUCCAUCCCGAUCCGAGGUGUUCACCGGAUUGACCUUCAUCUUCCUCAAUGAGAGCCAAUACAGCAGCUUGCAUGGGGCCAUAGCUGGAGGGGGUGGAAAAGCCCUGCUCUUUGACAUACAACCUGGCGAAACCACAGCGGAAGAGUAUGUUGAUUACGUCAGGAACGCCGCAGGACAGAAGAGGCGAAGCAAAGCGGGAAAUGGCGGCCUUCCAGUCGUUACAAUACGCCUCUCAGCGUACCCCGAUGGCAUGGAAGACUGGGCAGCGGAUUUUGUGACUGGUGUCGACCGGGAGCUGAAUCAACGCUCUAUUCUACAAAACGAGUUUCUGGAUGCUAUUGUAACGAAGGACACCUCAUCGCUCCGGAGGCCGCCAGCCGAGAUCAUGGAGGCUGAUUCCAGUAUGCCGUCAGGUACACGGACCCAGCGCUCCAUGCGUGAACCGACGCCUACCUCUCGCUCUAGGGGUCUAUCACAGGCUCCUGAGGCUAGCCUAGCCCCGAAAGAGGAGCCGGCGAGGACAAUACCCCGUAAGCGUCCUAUUCGGCGAGGAGUGACCACCAGAUUCACUGGCUUCGACGACUACGAACCACCAUCGAAGACCAGAAAGAUUGAAGAUACCUCCAUGGCGGACAUGCCAGAAUCGAUGUCCAUACAAGACCCCCAGUCUCAGUCUAUCGCAGCCGCACAGACCCAGCACACACAGCAGUCUCCAGUCGAGGAAAGCGUAGAAACCGCUGCCCAGAUGGACCAGCUUUUUCCUGCUGCCGCAGCUAUUCGAAAACAACGUGCUGCUACACGCGCAGCUUCCGCUUCCGUAGAGCCAGAGAACCAAGCCUGUGCUAACAAAACGAAGAGCAAAGGCGAAGAACUACUCGCGAAGAUGCAAAAAUUGAAGAAAAAGGCGGAUAAGGUGGUGGACAUCCGAGAAGAGGCGCGCAAACGCGUUAAGGAAGAAGAAGAUAGACGAAGGGCCGAUGAAGAGAGCUUGAGGGAGGCACUCGAAGGCGUCGAUAUCUCUGAGAUCAGGGCUGCCGUACAGGUGGAAGAAAUGGAGCUCCGACCCCAGCAGGACAGGCCGAGCAGCCGGUCCCAGGCUCAGAGCGACCGCUGGAACCCCGAGUGGAACGGCCGGAAGAACUUCAAGAAGUUCAGACGCCGUGGGGCAGAGCGGGGACCGCAAUCGCAGAAAGUCUUGGUCACCUUUGAAGAAGCGCCGCAGAAGAAGGGCUUUGGCGACGCUUUCUUCCUUGAAGACACAGAACCACCCGUGAGAACCAAGGAAGAUGAGCGAAGGCUCAAACGCAGGAUCGGCCGCGGACAAGACAGCGAUUCGGAACGUGAGCCUGGCUUUACGAGGCGAAAGCGAACGAAGCACACUGAGGUCAUCAAUGUGGCGGAAAGCGGGCCGGAUGACGAAGAGAUCCCCGGGGAGAGCUUGUCCAGCCAUAGGAAUAGUGGCAGGACACAGCGUGUAGCAGAGACGCAGCUUGAUGACCCGGACACGCAGAAGGGGACUAGGAAGAGGGGUCCUGUGAGCGUGGCAGCAGGUCAGCCGUCAAGGAAGAGAAACAGAGCUUCCAGGAGGGAUGAUGAUAGUGACGAAGAGGAGACGGGAUUUAGAUUUCGAAGGAGGGGUUAGAAGAUGGGCCUUGAGUGAAGCCAACCAUGCAGCGCUUCUUGUGAGAUGAGAGCUAAGCCCGUCUAAUACUAACACUCAUAUAGAGACACAGAGAUCUAUAUCAAUAGACCACAUAUCCACACCUAAAGCGAACAAGUGAAUGGGAGUGAAGAAUCGAGAUUGGU